UAGGGUAGACUGGGUACGAUUGAAACAAAGGACGGUUGAAACAGAGUAAAUAUCUCGUAAAUGGUUACGCGGGGAAUAUGGGGUGUAAGGGGAAGAAUAAGCGGACGACAGGUCCGAACCCGAAUACAGUGCCGCUCCACAUCCCGCGCGUUGAGGUUGUGUGCAGGACGCCAUAUUGAUUUUUAUUACACAAAAAUGCCGAGUGUUCGGAUGAGGAAGACUUCUAGAGGGAACAUUGACUUAUCGAGUUAUAGUAAUGCAUAUGAGGAGGUAAAAGCUGGAGAAAACUUUCGGAAAGCGGCGGAAAAGCAUGGUAUACACCAAUGUUCCCUGAUACAUUCGAAAGCGAGAUGCGACCGGUGGUGACGGUACUUUGUGUAAACAGUGGGCACAUGAAGAAUGCACAGAAGGUGGUCUUAGCUACGUUUGUUAUAAUUCCGACUCUGAAUACUCCGAUUAAUG